UUUGUUGUUGAGCAUAUUCUUAUUUAUACUAUUAUUUAAAAAUAUGUGGAAAAAGAGUACAACAAUAAGCGCCUUCAAAAAAGGUGCCUGCAAUAAACAAAUUGGGUUGACUCCUAAAUUAUUAGAUUUAUGCCUUACCGCUACCAUAGAAAUAAUUAAUUCUAUGGUUACUAUAUUUGUGAUAAUCAAUAUAAUAUAGUUGUCUAUGGUGGUAGUGUUGUGUCAAUCGUUCAUUUUACGAGGACCUUAUCAAUCAGUUACCGAUUUCGAAAAGGACCUAAUCAUUUCAAUAAUUUUUGAUGCCAACAUAAGCGGCAAUAAUCACUGAAUCCGAACAGUCCGAACGACCGAUUCAGAUUCAUUUGAAUUUGAAUUAGUGUUGUGUCUAUUUGUUAUGUUUUGUGUUCUAGUUAGUUUGUGUUCUGCUUUUUAUUGAAUCAUGAUUUUAUUAAAAUAGAAAGACUACAACUUGGCAAUGAUCGAUUACAGUCUAACAUUUGACGACUUUUGAUUUUGAAUAAUUAGUGACUGCAAUAUGGAUAACAUAUUACAUGUCAAUGUGGCCUAGAAAAACUUUGAUUUAUUAUCAAAAAGACAAUUUAAGCGCUUUAAUUAAUGUUGAUUUAAAGGUGACUCCGAAACUUUUUCUGCAUAUCUAUAGGUUUAGACAAUUGAAAAAUGGAACUCAUUUGUAAAGUACAAAAUUAUGAAUGGGGCAAAGUGGGUUUGGAUAGCGCUGUUGCUAAGCUACAAAGAAAUGCUAAUCCAGAAUUUCCAUUUGACGAAACUGUGCCCUACGCUGAGAUGUGGAUGGGGACUCAUGUUAAUGGACCUUCUCUAGUAAAACACAAUAGUCAAGAGCUUGGCGAAAUAAUAGCUAAGCAUCCUGAGUAUUUAGGGGAUGAAGUUCUAAGAAGAUUCAAUGGGGAAUUGCCUUUUUUGUUCAAAGUUCUGUCUGUGAAUAAAGCUCUUUCCAUACAGGCACAUCCAUCAAAGAAACAUGCAGAAGAGUUGCAUCAUAAGUUUCCAAAAAUUUACAAAGACCCAAAUCAUAAGCCAGAAAUGGCAAUAGCUUUAACGGAAUUUGAGGCAUUGUGUGGGUUUAGACGUCAAGAAGAAAUUAAAAGAUUUGUGGAAGAAAUACCGCAGUUAAAAGUAAUUGUUAGUUGUGCAGAUGAAGACGAGUCAGAGUAUAUCAAGAAUGCAUUUAAAGCUGUACUUACUAGUCAACAGUCGAUCACAGAGAAACUAAUAAAUGAUUUAUUGCAUCAUUUAAAAAAAUCAACCAAAGAUAGACGAAAUUUUCUUUGCGCUGAGCUUGUUGAGAGAUUGCACCAACAAUUUCCAUAUGACGUCGGCAUUCUGAUGGUGUAUUUUUUAAACUAUUUAAAGCUUAAGCCAUCGGAAGCUAUCUUUUUAGGCGCCAAUGUACCGCACGCGUACUUAUUUGGGGAUUGUAUUGAGUGCAUGGCCUGCUCAGACAAUGUGGUAAGGGCUGGAUUAACUCCAAAAUUUAUCGAUGUCGAGACUCUAUGUUCGAUGCUUAUAUAUAAAGGGGAAAAAGCAGAAUCAAAACUAUUUGCUCCUGUACAGGAAGAUAAGUUUUCAGUCAUUUUUAAACCUCCUGUGCCUGAUUUUGCUGUUGUCCGAAUUGAGGUUCCUAAAUCUGAAUUCAGUUUCACACCUGCCAAACGAGAUUGUGCUAGUAUUUUAUUGGUUAUUUCUGGGCAAGCACAGUAUCAAAGCAGCCGAGUUGGUUCGGGAACCACUUUAUUCAUACCUGCAAGUGAAACUGCAAAAUUUACGGGUAUAAUAGAAGAUAUGUUGAUAUACCAAGCCGUUGCUAAUGUGUGAAAUGAAAUUGUUAUUAGUUUUUUAAAAUAAAAUGUGUUAAUGUUCAUAAAUCAUUUUAUUGUCUGAAAAUCUUCAAGGGUAAAGCUGUAAUAAAUAUAAGAUAAAUUGCACCUCACGCAGCUAUAA